AUGUGGCAGGUGGCACAGGGUCAGAGGACGCGCCGCGCCAUGCUGCUGUGGCUGGGCCUGCUCUGCGCGCUGCUGCUGCUGGCGUGGCGCUACGCCACCGCCAGGCCCCCGGGCUUCCCGCCAGGUCCGCCGCGGCUGCCGCUGUGGGGCAGCUACUGGUUCGUGUACCUCGCCGACUACCGCUACGUGUACAAGGCGCUGGCGGCGCUGGGGCGCGCCUACCGCACGCCGGUGCUGGGGCUGCACGUGGGGGCCAGCCCCGCCGUGGCGCUGCUCGACCUGCGCUCCAUCAAGGAGGUGUUCGACGACCCGCUGUGCCAGGGCCGCGUCGAGACCUUCCUGACGCGCGCGCGCUCCAUGGGCAAGCAGCUGGGUCUGAUUUUCACGGACGGGGAGAUGUGGAAGAACCAGCGCAGGUUCAUGCUGCGGAACAUGCGCGACCUGGGGUACGCGCGCCGCUCCAGGGACUUCGAGCGGGUGGAGCAGGAGGAGGUGCAGGACCUGCUGGACCUCGUCAGAGGCGCCAGGGAGGACGAGGUGAGUCGACCACGAGCCCCGCUCACCGGCACCCUGCGCCGUGCCAGGGGCCCUCGGUGGGGCAUCUCGCCGGACCUCCUCCAGUCAUCUACAUUCCACUGCAACUUCCUCGCGUGUAUCCUCGAUUCAUCCGCCUCGACGGCGCUGAAGGACGGCUGCCUGCGCCUGCCCCAGGCGCUGAGCGUGGGCGGCGCCAACGCGCUGUGCCACGCCGUGCUCGGGGACCGCUUCCCCCCAGCGGAGCACCAGCGGCUGCACCGGCUGGCGGAGCAGUGCUGCGAGGCCAUGCGACAGGUGGACGCCACGGGAGGCUCGCUCGCCGUCACGCCCUGGCUGCGGCACCUGGGCCCGCGCCUCUUCGGCCUGGAGGGCUUCCUGCGCGGCACCGGGGCCGCCACCUCCUUCUUCAAGGUGCACUGCUCCUCCCGAGCUCGGUACACUGCUCCUCUCGAGCUCACAACCUUCUUCAAGGUGCACUGCUCCUCCCGAGCUCGGUACACUGCUCCUCUCGAGCUCACAACCUUCUUCAAGGUGCACUGCUCCUCCCGAGCUCGGUACACUGCUCCUCUCGAGCUCACAACCUUCUUCAAGGAAUACUUAGAAGAACGCAAGUCGUCAUAUGAUGAGAACAGCCUUAGGGAUUUUUUCGAUAUCUACCUCCACAAAAUGAAUCAGAAUGGUGAAGUCAAUGGUACUAGUGAUUUCUUUUCAGAGGACAAGCUGCUGAUGAUAGCCACGGACAUGAUGCUGCCCGCCAUCGCCAGCAUGGCCGCGUUCAUAUCCUACAUCCUGCUGCAGCUAAUGUACCAUCCAAGAGUGAUGGCGAGGGCCCAAGAUACCCUGGACUCGGCUGUUGGAAAAAACAGGCUGCCUACGCUGGACGACAGGCACAGUUUGCCGUACAUCGAGGCGAUAAUCCGCGAGGCGCUCAGGCACCAGACCACGGCUCCACUGGCGGUACUGCGCAGAGCCACAGCCGACACCACCGUCGCAGGGUAUCCCAUCGCCAAGGACACAAUUAUAAUUCCAGUACUAUGGGCUGCCCAUAGAGACCCCAAUGUGUGGAAGAAUCCUAACGAUUUUCUUCCCGAAAGAUUCCUUGACGAAGAUGGAAACCUCUUGAAGAGGGAUUGCUCACUGCCAUUUGGAGGAGGCAAGCGCGUGUGUGUGGGCGAGACAUUCGCCAGGCACCACGUGUUUCUCUUCCUCGCGGCCCUGCUGCAGAACUGCAGCUUCGCCGGUCCGCCGCCAGGCUGCACGCUCCCCUGCCCUGAGCGUGACGUCAUCCCCGGUCUGACCGUCACGCCGCCAGACUUCCAGCUGCGGGUCUCGAUGAGGCACUAGGCGCCUUCGGACAGUGUUCCACACGUCUUUCCCUCAGUUCCUGUUCCACAGACAGAUCGCGACGUUACUAUGAGACCUCCAGCUGGAGUUACCACUCAACAUCCUGCCUUGGGCCUCAAUAUAGUUCCUAGCUAAUGCCACACCUUCCUUCCCGCAGUAAACGACUUUUGCCGAUUCCCUGAGCCACUAAAUCACCGUGAGGCCUUAAGGUUGAAUAUAUUCCCCUGUGAGCAUCACUAGAAUUUCUGUCAUCCAUGGUGUGAUAUUACUUCCAAAUGAUUUCUUCUGCGAGUGUCCAUCAGACACUAAGAUAAGAUGACACACAUCUCAGACAUGUCAACAACUCUGUCCCUUAGUUCAGUAUCCACUAAAAUUACUAACAUUGUUAGCUAUACCCAUCAGUGUGGCUCAAUCUUCUAUCGCAUUAAUCUAACUUCUUCAGCGAUGCAGAUGUAUUUAUCAUCCACUAAUCAAAGCCGACAGCUGAAGAAAAUAUUCUUCAAUUCUGUCACUGAGAUCUCAUGUCCCUAACAUUACCUCCAGACCUCCAGCUCGAAUUCCUUCCCCCAACUGCCUGCUAACUGUGGAUCUCCGUAAGGUACCAAGCUCAAAUGACACACGCACCAUGGACCUGUUUCCGAUUUCCUGGGCUACCAUAAUUACAGUGAGAUCUCCAGGAUGUGCCUAAGACCCUUCACCUGCAAGCAUAAUACUUCUAGUGUACCUGUAUUAUGCCAGCUUGUUCACUAGCAGCCUUCAACCAGAUUUUGAUCACUAAAAAAAUAACAAUAAUUAUUUUUGAAGUUGCUGUUACAGCAAUCACAGAUGUGUUUACAUAAUCAGUUAGCAUUGCGUAUGCAAUGAAAUGAGCUUGCAUAUUGCUUACGACUAAAUUCGUUUUUUAUGCCUUAAUGAUGUAUUGUUCAACAUACUGUGAGGGAAGAAUGAGUCUUAAAAUAAAUAAUAUUUGCGAUACAAA